AUUUAAAACGGUCGAAAGUUAUUAAUAAAGGCAAAUUUCUAUCUUAUGAACGCUUGACGGAACUCGAGCGAAUGUCGAAAGAGGGAGAAGUUGCCAUCUCGAUUUCAUCAAUGGAUGUAAGAGGGCGCGGUUUUAGGGAAAUGGAAGCGGUGGAGAGGAUGUUGCUUUCGUCGUCCGGUUAGGCCACGGCUAAAUAAUAAUAAAAAAAAAAGGUCACUAUUGACUUUAAACAGCUGUUCUUAAAGACGUUUACAAGAAGAAAAUGGACUUUUUAUCGUUUAUUCAUUCUCUAAUGAGAUGAAAGAAUGGCCACGGCGCGGUUGUGUACUGCAUUAUUGCGCCGACAUCUAACUCAGGUUGUGAAGACUGCGCUUCUUUUAUUUAUAGUCUCUUUCUUAUGGCUGCAGCUACGAAUAGUUAGUUACAAACCAGAUUUCUUGUACCGCAAUGCAAAAUACGGAGAAUUGGAUAGUGCUUUCUUUGCGAAUUUUAGUGCAAUCAUAAACUCUGUUAAUCAUACUAUGCCAUCCUCAUUAUAUGAAUUAAAAAAAAUAAUACAAGAAAUAAAUAAAGAACAAAAAGUUUUAAAUAUACAGAAAUUUGGACCUUUGCUGUAUAAAGAUGUUGUUAUCGUUGUUCAAGUUCAUAAUAGAGGACAGUAUCUGUAUGCUCUUAUCGAAUCGUUACGACAGGCCGAAGGAAUCGGACAGACUUUAUUAAUAUUUAGUCACGAUUUAUUCGAUCCCGAGAUCAAUGCUUUAAUUCAACAGAUCGAUUUUUGUAAGGUAAGUAUUAUAUACAAAUUUCUAUAUAAUAUAAAAUUACUAAUGAUAAUAAGUAAAUUUGAUGAUGACAUUAAACUUUAUAGUCAUGCAUUGUUGCAAGCAUUUAUUCAUUUUAUUCUGAUUAAAAAUCAUCAUAGAACAAAUGUUACAAAGACUGCAAAACUAAACAAAGCUUUAAAAAAAAACUGUAACAAUGCCAAAUAUCCUGAUCUGUAUGGACAUUACAGAGAAGCAAAAUUCACUCAAACUAAGCAUCAUUGGUGGUGGAAGAUGAAUCAUGUAAUGGAUGUUUUAUUUAUAACAAGAAAUCAUUCGGGACCCGUUUUAUUGUUGGAAGAAGAUCAUUAUGUUGCACCCGAUUUUCUAGUGAUGUUGAGUCUAAUGGAAGCAGAACAAAAACAGUAAGCUC